UCUUCAUUGCUUGCUUGUCUACGCCGCUUGGGUGAUUCGAAGAUCUACAUUUAUCAAGAUGCAUGGCUAUCAUCGUGGGCAAUUUAUCGGGCGUCGUUCGCCCCUAAUUCCUCUCAGCACUGCAGGUCCCCUAGACUGAGUAUCAACCUAGCAGCAGCGGCCCGUCACGGCGCGAAUCAGCCGCUGUACCCACACUUGACGACUACCUUCAAGGCUCCAAAAUCUGCCGUUACAUAACUUUCGCCCGACGCUCAAGUUGCCCGCAGCACGUUCGAAUAGCCAUUGACUCAACCCGUACGAUUUCGUAGUUGACGACUAAGUGGCAAAGGUGGCAAUUUGGCGAUCCGAAACUCUCGGGAUGUUCUCGCAGUCACACGGCUAGAGGAAGAGAGUCGAGCCAGUACGGCAUCCCUCAAUACACUUCGAUCACUUACUGCACAGGUUACGUCUCGGUGUGCAGUUUUGCUCGAGUCCACGAUCUCUUGCGCGCGCUGAGUGCAUGCGGCACUUGCCCGGCUUCGUUCUCUCGAGGCCUUGGGGCCGCAUUUAAACCGGGUCUAGACGGGGAGGUUGGAAGAGCACGAUGCCAAGCAUGACAUACAAGCUCAAGGGCCUCCGAUGGACGAUGUCGAGAUCUGUGUUGGAUCCAGACAGGGGACGUGACUGCAGAGAGAUUGUGGCUGAAUUUGCAUGCCGAGGAUCCUCGACAGAAGGUCUCGCAUGUCCUCCUUUCUGUUCCUCAUGAUACUUCUGGCAUUCCCACCAACACGGAUUCGCGGUCGUCACCACGAAUAGCCUUCAAGCGUUCCAAUGCUGCCGUUUGUUUCAUGCCCAUCUUGGCGACUCGUAACGACAUGAGGACGACGGCCCGAUGACGGAACUUGGGAAACCCUUUUUCUUUACAAUUACCAUGAGGUGGCGCACUACAACGUGGGGCAUUGAUACGCCAGUUUAGCAACUGCAUGCGGCCCCGAUGCCGACCUAAAAUGACCGGAUGAAGGCGUCUUGCUUCGCCGGAUGGAUACUGGAGAUGGUGAUAAUCGCACGCGAGUUCUUUGCGCAGCCAUCUUCUCAGUGCCGAGCCAGGCCUUACACGAGUCUCUUGUCUGCGACGUAACGGAUCUCGACCAUGUCUUGUCCAUCCGUCAAAUGCCUUCGAAAGCACGUUCGUCUGGUCAGGCCAAAGCGCGCAGGGUUUUGGAUCCGUUCCCCGUCGUUCAGUUGAAUCUCGAGCAGCCAUCCUCGACGGGUUUUUCUGAAUCGGUCAAACUUUUUCCAUACCAGCUUCCAGUGUAUGCGAUGUGUGUGGAACUCUUUCACGAAGAACAUAAUGAGCAAGUCGUCACUGACUUGCACAAGCGACCGAUUCUUGACGGGGCUCGCCUUUUGUCUGUGACCCCCGUCCACGCUUGCAACUAUGCGCAAACUCGGAACUAUGAUUAUUACUUUGCACACCCAGACCUGGCUGUGCGCACGACAGGCCGCUUUCGUUUGUGCUUUACUCUGUUUCGUUUGCAAGGCUCGUCGUUUGUCAUCUGCGGCCUGCCUGUGAUUUCGGACGUAUUCCGCGUUGUUUCCAGCGAUCAAUACAGUGGCGUUGAGGAUGCGACCACACUCUCGUGUCGUCUGGGCCAAUUUGGUGUGAGGGCCCCCCGGACCAGUGCCGGCAAGCAGAAACAUUAUCACACACCCAUCCUUCAGUCUGCACGUCCUGUUCGAACAAGUCGGGAGUCUACGAGAAGGAGGCGCUCCCCCAUUGGCAAUAAAAUACCCGUUCAGAGACCUAUCGAUGCCACACUGGAGUCAGAGCUCUACAUGCCUCGACCCAUAUACAUGAUCGCACACAACCGACCUACCCUCCUCAGUAACACGGAAGAUGGGGAGGAUUGGGAUCUGGAUGGGUGGCAUCCGGCGGGAGCUCCGUUUACGACAGACAAUCUUUUCCAGUCAUCCGACUACUCCCUACCCUCGCUAGGACCAAGCUACGUCUAUAUCGAUGGGGAUGCCGAGCUCGCCGAUGCAGAUUUUUCGUAUGGCAGAUAUUCGGCCAUGUCUGAAUCUUCUUCCACAGUGAGCUCGUACUCGGAUGCUUCGAGCAUCUAUUACUGGAUUUCCGAUAACACACCGGCCGGAUGUCAGUAUACUCCAUAACUCCAGAGGUUUCGGAUCGGGACUGCGGCCCAGUAAGUGUGUAGGAGGAACAUGUAUCGUCGUUCAGUGUAUACAAGUGAUUAUCGACUCGAGCCAAGUCCCGUCAAAUGGGCUCUGGUGACUCUGCUCUGAUAGCUCAGACAGGGCAGUCCAAGGCGUCAAGUGCUCGGUAGGUAAGAAAACGCUGGAUGUGCCCUACCAUCCGCUUAAGGUCAACGGCUCUCGGAAUUGGCGAUGGACUUUGUAGACGGGCCGGGUUUGUUUAGUUGGAACGUCGAUACGAUUGUGAAUCAACUUGCUCGAGUGCUUCCCUGCCCUUCAUGAGUUCGGAGGGUCCCAUACCACCUCGUGGCUUCCCUACUGCGGUGCUCGACGACGACGCAGGGCAAUUGAAAAUUGCGUCCUGUGGUGUCGGCGAUCUUCAACUGGAGCUCGGAAAGAAGUCCGUGAGGGCUCAAUAUACCGAGCUGAGAGAGGGUGCCACGGUGUUGGUAGCGGUCGCAAAGCCAUGUGCGAUGAUUGACAGCGUGAAUUGUUGUACUUAGUUUGCUAUUGCCCAUCUUGAGCUUGUCCCCUCACCGAUGGAAGGCCCGUAUGCUCAGCCGCCUGUUCCCCGCCUGCGCAUCCCGAGGCAACCUUUAUCCGCGGUGGCAGACCGGUUAACUUUUCACGAGGAUUCGGACUCGAACGCGGAGGCGGGUCCUUCGUCGUAUCUCUCGAAUGGCCACAGUCAACACACCUCUGGUCCUAGCUCGGACGACACACAACCUACCCCUCGGCCGAGGUCUGGGAACUCCGUCUCUGGCUCUGGCUCGCCGCCGCCUUUGGAUGCCGCGUCCCGACUGCGCGCGCUCAUCUCGCGUAUGCCGAAUUCGGACAGCCCAGCCUCCUCUUCCAAGUCGCCCCCCGCCGCUCGUCCUGCCUCCCCGUCAGAAUUUGAAUCAGACUUCGAGCCUCCACGAUUCAGUCCCACGCCAUCCGUCGGUCCGAAAGAGAGUCUCAAAGAUCUCUUCUCACGUGUUCUAGAGGACACGCCUGUGAAGCGGGGCACUCGGCCACGAAGGAGCAGUGCAAGUGAGGUGGAAGACAGUCCCCGAUUAUUAGAUAGAUCAAAGGCGAAGGGAAAACGGAAAAGCUUGAGUGACGAGGAGACUGACAAAGUCAACCGCUCCUCUGAGUUCUCCUUCAAAAGCUCGCAGGCAACCACAUUCGACAAUCUGCGCGAACGUUUAACUAGCUCGCAUACCUGGAAGAGCCAGGCUACAACGAGUGGCAGUCAUGAAGCCGUGAACGCAAGCGUCAACACUACCACUGGCACGGAAACCUUCCUGCGCGACCUAGACACUUCAAGACCUGCACAUCCCGUCUUCACCAGCACGCCGCCACAUUCUAUGGAGCUGUCUGCCGACUCCAAAUACCAAACAAAUCUCAUGGACCACGAUUCUGAAAUGCAAAACAUGAUGAAAGAUCUAGAUAGCUUCGAUGGUGAUGCUGCCAGCCGACCAAUAUCAUUUCCAACCUCGCGAGAACAACCGACUACUGUCAAACGCCCCCAUUCCUUACAUCUUGAUACCCCGCCGACACUGCGCAAGAAACACAGCCAAGCUGAUAUACAGAACUCCCGUACCAGGACCUUGUCCGCUUCACUGACUCGCGAUUCACCGUCACACAUCCAUGAAAUGGAACGAGAGUGGAACAAACCUCAUGCCAAGAGCUCACCGCGACCGGAACGGCAUCUUUCGCUUGGUUCGACUACGAAUGGACAUGUUCGCGAGAGAACUGUGAGUAGUGGCUCAGCGUUGAGUGAUAGCGGAUCUUCGAGGGGCACGUCAAUCCAUUCUCAUUCUGAUUACAAGGAGAGAAUGACUCAGUUGGAGCGUGAGCGAAAUACAGAGCGGGAACAUGCCUGGAAUAGACCGGCAGGAGCACGGCCGACAUCGUCUCUGAGCGUGCAUUCACCUGUGCACUCUCCGAGCGAGCGCAAUAGAAAGCUCAGUCAACCCACUCGGCCUGCAUCAUCGCUAUCUGCCCAUUCGGCUUCGCACUCCCCCAUCGAGCGGACAAGAAAGUUGAGCCAACCUACUCGCCCUGUCUCGUCGCUAUCUGCUCGGAAACCGUUUUCGAGGCAUGACUCGGCUUCGUCGACCGCGUCUUCGCAUGGGGGGUCUGAUGCAGAAGAUCGCGAAGCGAAGCAUGAAAUCGAGCAUGAGCGAGAGCGCAACUGGGGCUCGCAGACUCCGCGGUGGACCAAACAAUCGCUCAAGUCUCAGCAUAACCCUUCGCCAUCGCAGUCUACAUCAGCUUUGCCUCAUUCUCCGUCGAACAGCACAUCAACCAGCUCGCGGCCUCGCGUGACUAGCCUUACUGGCCGUGCGGAAACUUCCUUUUCGCGAACCACUUCGGCUGUCGGGUCAUCCGCUUCGAAAGCAGGGAUAAAUUGGUUGAAGGGAAAGUCACCAGCCAUUGCUAGCCACCGACUGUCGAUCCCUUCGUCGCCUUCUCCCAGCCCUGGUCAGAGACCUGCGUCCGACCGGAAGCCUGUCAGCCAUAUUCCCAUACGGAAACCGGCUUUCGCCGAACAAAGCUCACCCCACCGCGAUGCGCAGUUCCUUGCUCCAACUCCGCUCAACGUCGAAAGCAGCGAAGAAGUGACGGAAGAGGAACGGACGCCUACUCUGCAGACUAUUCGGAUUCCGUUUGAAGAGCCUGUGUCAGUGGCACCGGAAUCUCCGCCAGAGGAUGUCCUCUUUCAAAAGGCAUUGUCGAUCGCAACACCGGCUUCGCCUCCAAUCGAACGACCCGUCACGCCAGUCCUUGAGGCUCCUCAAAUCACCAUCUCAAGUUAUUUGUCGACGCCGCCCCGCCGUCCAUCGUUGUCCAAGUCGGCUGCUGAAUUCCAAACACCGUCCCCUCCUCGGGAUCUUCCAGACCUUCCAGAUCCUCCGUCUACCGAUGACGACACGACGACGGCAGCACCUUCAACUAUUACACCGGCGGCCAUGACUCCUAUGCGACGGCUGGAUGUCACGGCCAGCAAGACCCCCCGUCCCCCAGGUGCAUGGGCCAACACACCGAUCCCAAGUCGGAAUGAUCUAGACGCAGAGAGUAGCGAUGGUCCAUACGAGAACGGGCUCGCCACGCCGGUUGCCUCGCUGUCCCGAGCACUGCCGGCGCAAACUCCCCGACCCCCCGGGGCUUGGAUGCCGACGCCUCGCAAAAGCAUUCUCAAAGUCCGCUUUGAUCCAAAGCCAUCCGAGCUGGAACUUUCUGCUACAGAAGAGUCUUUGGCCGAGACCGGACUGGCGACCCCAUCUGACGAUGAAGAAACACAGCCUCCUUCGCCCAAAAAGACCACUCGGAUCCGUCACGUGGAUGAGUACGGGAAUGUCCGUGUCGACGACAGUCCACCGAGAAGCCGCAGUCCCAUUCGGAUCGUGGAUGCUAUGGGUCAGCCCGUGCAGGAGGAGUCGGUGGCUGAGGCAGAGCCUGCGACGCAGUCCAAGUCUGCGGUGAUCCGUAUGGUUCAGGACGGUGUCAGCGAUCUUGCUCGUGAAUUGGAUGCGAUCAGCCUGUCCUUCGACUCCAACCGCGUCCCUGACAAACGCAUCGGAGAGUUGGAAACGACCUCUCAGCUUUCUCGCGCAGCAAGACAGUCGAUACAAAGCCACCGGUUCGAAGAGCUGCGAGCCAACAUGGUUCGAACGACCGAGGCCCCCAAGCCCGCUCCGUCCGCUUCUCGCUUCAAGGUAUGGUCUUUGGUUAUUCUGAGCCAGCUCUUUUUCGUAUACCUGCUGUAUCGAUACCGAAGAAACAAGCUCCACGAGAUGUUUCUGUCCACAUACUAUGACCCGUUCUAUCCGCAUCUCCAUCUGAACGGAAUCAAAUCAGACCAUCUCUUGACCCCGACCACCGCUCCUUCCGUGACCUCGCUGCUGUUCACCCUCCGUCACGAGGGUCUGGUCGCAUUUUUUCGUCAUUUAUCCGAGGUCUACACUUUCGACUGGAGAGCCGACGUCUGGGCUGACGAAUCUAUCCAUUGGCCGCCUACUUGAAUUCCAUCUUUUUGUUGUAUCUACCAAUCCUUGUAUGAUUACCGCUGGGCAUUUAUUUCACUAUUUAAUUAAUAAUAAUGAUAAUCUAUACUCGAUAUCUAGGUGACGCGACGCGUUUUUGGAAAGCACGUGAUGGCAUCCUGAUGAACUCUCCUCCACCGCCCACCUUACUUUCGACCCUUCAACAAGUCAAAGUCCAGGACCUCCCUGUGCAUGAUGUUCAUCCGUUCUCUACUGCUGCAGAAUCUUCAUGUGCCACGUUGGAGAAACUGAUCGCGACGACAGAGCAGCUCGGCAGCUCCUUGCAUGCAUACCGCAACUCGACAUGGACUAAUCCAAAACUCGUAUCCUUGCUUAAGCAGCACACGGCCGUCUCACAUAACCUCAAAUCGACACACCGAAACACAGCCCAGACUCUCCAGGGGCUGCGCGAUCGCGCAGGCUUAGUCAACUAUGGAGAGGACGUGCCGAUGGAUCCUCGAAUGAUCCCAGGCUGGUUUACCGAGCGGCUGGAAUCGUGGGCGCGCUUGGCUGGGAUGGAGACAUACAAGGAGGACCACCGGGACGUGAUCCUGCUUGCGGGCGCGGUCCUCGUCAUGGAGGUUGAGUUCGCGGUCGACCGCGCAGAUCCGCUUGCGCCUGUACUCAAUCUGGCUAGCAUCAAGACGUCGUAUGCAUCUUCGGACACGCUGAACGCGACGGGGUCGGCGUCACUGGACGCGUUCAUGGUGGAGAUCGUGCAGAGGCUGUUGGAUGAGCUGAAGAAAGCGGAUGAUGUGAGGCAGCCUCGCUCCGUCGCGAACCUAGGCAGGGGCAUUCUUGAGCAGCUGCAAUACCUCGUCAUGCUCGACAACCUGGCGAAGCGGCAGCAAGAUGGAGGCGUGCGGUGGUUCGUGGACAUGGACAGUCUCUAUCCCAUGCUGGAGGGCUUUGCGAAGAACGAAGCUAGCUCUGUUUCAUUGUCGCUCGGCGCGAACGCAGCCCCUUUGGAUAUCUACCUAGCACGAUGUCAUGGUCUCCCUCUGCCAUAUCUAACAUCUCCCUCGAUAACAUUCCUCAUAUAUGUCUCUCCGCAGACGUAUCUCCGACUCAAAAAUGAGGCUGCCACUCACGACACGAAAGAAAACCUUCCUCAGCUCGACAUUCCCAUCACCCAACUGCGAGCUUGUCUCGCGAACCCCCAGAAGGACAUGCGCUUCACCAGCGCAACACUCAAGCUGACCGCCCUGGCUGACGCCAAGCUACCAAACUUCAUGGCGCUGCCGGCUCUGGUGUCGCGGCCGUCGUUCCCCUUGGCUGCGCCCGGGGCCGAGCUGGAGCAUCUGUUUCCGCAGAUCGGGGGCGGGGAAAUGGAGCUCCAGAAACAAGAACAUAUCUGGGUGCUUGACUUUUCGCAGGGCGGCGCCGCACGGGGGGUCGUCAUGAGCCAGUCUCGGCUGCGUGAGAUCGAGUUGAUUCUAAAUCCGAUGAGUGGGAUGGAUCCUUCGGCGGAGGAUAUCCUUUCCUUUGGGAUCGGAUCAGGGAGCUGGGUCGCGUUGCUGCUCAAUCCGACAAAUCCCGUUUCGUCUGAGCGAUAUACGGCAGUUUAUCGCUCCCCGACAUCUAAGCAUCCACCGUUACAACUGAGGUUGACACUGCCGGAAGAGCCUGGUUUUUUCCUAAACAAGGUCCAGGUGCACAGCAUGAAAGAAGUUUGGGGUGUCUUGGAGAUCGUACGUGAGCAGUGCUGGCUCAACGAAACACUUCUCGGCUGUCAUUGGACCACUGAGGGCAUCAGGGACGCCGAAGAUGUACCCAUGGAUGACGGGGAGGCCACCGCGGAAGACUUGCACGCGGUUUUGACAGGCAGCAUCGUUCCGCGAAAGAUCCCCGUGAAUCUAUCUCUGCCUCCUAGACCUGUGUACGACCCGAGUCUGGAUUCUCUGAUGGAGGUCCUGGACCGCCGGACUCGCAUUCUGAUGGUGUCGCCAGAACGACCUCCGAUGUCUGGCGUGGUCGAGACGACUGUGGCCUACGACGAAACCCGGCCCCGGGCAGUCAGCGUCGAACUGAGUGGUGCGAUGGGCUGCGACAUCAAGCCCGAUGCUCUGGAAGAGAUUGCUCGCAGAGGCGGGGCCUUGUCGUUGCCGGGUCGAGUCUGGGCUUGUUCGCGUGGAAUGUCUUGAGAAAAGUAUAUUCCAAAUGACUGUACUGUAAAAACUUGGGUCAGUUGCCCGAUGAUCCACUUCCGCUUGUUGGAUCUGUGUAAGAGGUCCGUAACUCAGAGGUCUGCGCAUACACAAUUCGCGUUCCAAUCUUCAACUAGUUCGAACGAUCAUAUCCAGCAGGAAACCGAUAUUUCUCGCACGAGCAAAUCAUGUAGAUUGUUCAAUCACUCAGCAUCGAUCCAAUGGGUUCUGAUGACAAUGCUUUGGGCCCGAGAUCAUGCGUUCUAGAGCAGCAGUUCGAGGGAGUUGAAAUGUG